CCAUCUACAAAUUAUGUCUACAAAUUAUAAUGCAAAUGAUAAGUGGCAAUUAUCGGGGUCCAAGCACUAUACAUCUGUGAGCACUAAGCCAGAACGCAAAUGAAUGCAAGUUGAAUGGCUGCUGCUUAUAACAGAUGUGGGAUCUCAAAAUGAGAUGUCUGCCAAAUUCCAUGCAUACUGACCUUUUUGAUUUGCUAAGCAAGAUUGUUUUAACAAGCAAAAAAACACCUAGAAAAAGUACCAUCUGACAUGUCUGGCUGCACUCUGUGAACUAAAUUUGUCCACAGCAAUUACACCUGUAUUUUAGUUUCAGAGUGCACCAGAAUUCCAUGUUAACAUCACCAACAUUUUCCCCUAUAAAUUUCAUGACUAGACCUGCUACAAGGAAUUGGUUUCUGAACUUAUCACUUUUUUCACUUCUCAUGAGUGAACAAUGUUUAACAGAUGUGUGCAGAGGCUCAAAUGUGGAAAGAUAUCUGCAAAAUCACAUUGAAUGCAUGAGCAAUUUAGAAGUUGUAGAACUACUCAAACUAUAUGCAAUAUCAUGUCUUGUUCUAGUAGUACAGCAAAUCCUGCUACCAGUCUACCUAAAUGAACAGGUUCCUGUAGUUUGUAACACUUUCACCAUUUUGCCUCCAGCUGCCCUUCUACAUGUUUUAGCACAGCAUGGCAGCAGACAAAUCUGAUCUACAACAGUUUAGAUUUGGACAGACCUUCCAGAUUCCCCUCCCCUGUUACAUCAUGGUGAAAAUAUCUGGCAGCGCGCAUGAAAACAGGGUGGAUGCUGCUGCUGUUGCAUGCAGGAGACAGAAUAUCGACUAGUUUCAGUUUUUGUGAGGGCGAACAGGGCCUGUCGUCACACCCAAACGAGACGUUCGGUGAUCACGGCUGCAUCAUGCAUCAGCCAUUGCUGGCCAUAUGCCUGCUGUCUCUCUCCUCUGCGCUCACUGUGAACUCCUCCAUAAAGAAAGGACACAACUUCACCAUUCAUUCAUCCCAGCUUGUCUGUAGUCUUCCAGGGCCUCAGGGUCCUCCUGGCAGUCCCGGACCUCCAGGUCCAAGCGGGAGCAAUGGCCGUAUGGGCUUGCCUGGCAGCGACGGUCAGGAUGGCAAGGAUGGAGACAAGGGUCAGAAAGGAGAUAGAGGGGAGCAAGGGCGUCAGGGCAAUCCUGGAAAACCUGGACUGAAGGGCCGCCAAGGAGUUGUGGGUAGGGCAGGGCUGAGGGGUCUAAAGGGGCUGCGAGGGUCAGCUGGUGUGCUUGGGAUGGCAGGGCUGAAGGGGGAAGCUGGAGACAUGGGUGAGGCCGGUGUCCCUGGUGGCUGUGACUGCGGGACACAGGCACGGUCAGCCUUCUCAGUAGCAAUCACUAAGAGCUAUCCCAAGGAGCGCAUGCCCAUCCAGUUUGAUCGCAUCCUAAUGAACGAAGGCAGUCAUUACAAUUCCAGCAGCGGCAAGUUUACCUGCACCGUCCCAGGCGUGUACUUCUUCACCUAUGACAUCACGCUGGCUAACAAACAUCUGGCAAUCGGUCUCGUUCACAACGGACAAUACAAGAUCAAGACUUUCGAUGCUAAUACUGGGAACCAUGAUGUAGCAUCUGGGUCUACAGUCCUCCGGCUGCAGAAAGGAGACCAAGUCUGGCUUCAGAUCUUCUACUCUGAGCAGAAUGGGCUCUUCUUUGACCCGUUCUGGACUGACAGUAUGUUCACAGGAUUUCUGAUCUAUGCCGACCUGGUGACUCCAAAUCAGGCGCAGACCACUGCCAGUCCUGGAUCGUCUUAAUGAAAUUUUUAUCCUGAAAUUUACAGCAAAUUUUAAGAAUAAAAGUUCCUGAAUGGUUCUCGGAUA